AUGAAGUACUCAUGCCUUCUCGUCGCCGCCUUGGCCUCACUCAUCACCACCGUCGUCGCCCACAAACCUAGGGGUUUUGAUGACCCCUGGGGCUGGAAGCCCACUGGACCAAGAUGCAAGUACAACGAGAAAGGCGUGUACGGCUGCUUUGGACAGAAAAUUAGCCAAGAAGAAAAGUACCCCGAGGAUGCGAAUGAGCUCAACAAGGUGCCGGAAGGCGGGCGAUGGCCAGGCACGCCAGGGGGCCAUGCAUGA